AAGGAAGGCAAUAUUUUGAUUAUUUUCCCUUCGGUUCGUGCAAGGUAAUCCAGGCCGCCGCCGCGUUAGACGCAGGGAAGCGGGAUAGAGAGAAAAAGAGGAUGCGCCGGACGAUGCCAGGAAGCCGGAUCAGUGCUGUCGUAUUACUUCCUGGUAAACUGUAAUACAGUUAGUUAUACAUGGAACGCGUAUAUGCCGCAUGCAGUGCGUACAUGGUGCUUAUUACUUAACACAACUGGCGCCCCGGCACAUCAGACUGGAUGAUUUGACGGUGCUACACGUUCACACAUAGGCGCAUAUUAAAUCCACACUUAUCCCGCUACAAUGACACAGUGUGAAGUGUAAACCGUCCCGGCUAUAUCCACUGCCAUUUACUCCCGACGGUGAGUUUUAAUUCUCUUUUUUCUCUCCCUUUCUUAACGUCGCGCUGGCACAGCACGUGUCCUGAGCGGAGGACACCCGGCAUUCCCACACAUCUGAAUACAUGCAUAUGUAUUCUCCCGUUUAAUCAUAUUGCACCAAUCUCCGGCCAUGUGAUGAUAUUGACGGUACUCCUCGAGGAUCACUUUACCGUUGCUCUCUUUAUCAGCAAAUUUAAUCAACGCCUGUGUGCUUUCUGGACGUGAAAAUAAUAUUCACAUCCAACAGUUAAAAUAAUAUUAUCCACAACGGAAAUUCAGAGCUACUUAGAGAUUCAUUAUUAGCAUUCAUCUUUACGCUUACUUCUUGGGGUUGACAUUUUGAAGAAUACAUAUGUAUACCAUGCCGCUUAAUCCGGAACCCACGAUGCGCGCCAGCCCCAGCUCUGUUUACGAUUAUCAGCAUGCCUGCAUGAACGAUUCCAUCUUUGCGACCAGUGCGAGUCCGGCGGUUUUGUAUACCGUUAAUGCAAUAAAUGCCAUAAUAUGUUUGGUGGGAUUAAGCGGAAAUAUUCUAGUUUUUUAUGUGGUGUGCCGGUUUUCGGCAAUGCGCACCGUAACAAACGUUUUUAUUUUGAUGUUGGCGAUGGCUGAUAUCGCUUUUCUCGUCAAUAUCCCUUUCUUGAUGACCACAUCCAUACUUGAACACUGGCCGUUUGGAAACAUUUACUGCAAAAUCUAUUAUUCAAUGUCAACGGUCAAUCAAUUUGCAUCAAGCUUCUUCCUGGUCACGAUGUCUGCAGAUCGCUACGUAGCAAUAUGUUUACCAAUUCGAAGUCGUCAGAUCCGAACAACACGAACAGCUGUUUUUGUAUGCUCCCUGGUGUGGGCAUUAGCCAUAAUGCUCAUGUAUCCGGUGUUUUUGUACGCCGAGACCGAUUCAGCCGCAGAUGGCAGCGUAACCCACUGUAACAUAUUUUGGCCCGAUUCCUUUCAUGUUUCCGGAAACCAUGCAUUCGUCUUGUAUUGUUUCGUCUUGGGUUACGCAUUUCCGGUGGCCUUUAUGUUGACGUUUUAUGGCUUGGUGGUACAGCGACUGCGCAGUCGUCAUAAUUCGCACGAUCACCCCAGCAGCACUUCAUCCAUAGUGUAUCCACCCAAUCCCACCGUUACAAAACGGCGGACCCGGCUGCGUAGGGUCACCGUCAUGAUAUUUGUGGUAAUCGUCGUUUAUCUGCUGUGCUGGACGCCUUAUUGGGGAAGUCAGCUGUUCAUUUCCUUCAGCGCAUCCAGCCAGUUUAAUCAUCUGCUGUCCUGUCCCUUGACUCCCGCGGAAAUUCGCGCUAGUCAGCGCAUUGUCUACUUAUCGCUUAUACUGCAGUGCCUUUGUUUCGCUAAUUCGGCUGUUAAUCCCAUAUUAUACGCCAUUUUAAGUGAGAAUUUUAAGCAGAGCUACGCUAAAGCCUGUUAUCGCUGUACGAAAAACAAAUCCGACGCACUGAGCACACCGAAUCUGAUGCUACCGCGGGAGUCCAGCUACCGGCCCGAGUACUGUUCCAAUUAUAAACUGUCACAAAACUUCUCUCCGCCGGAGUACGACAAACGCCCCAAUCUCUAUCUCAGCUGUAACAUGCAGCACUCACCGAUGCCAUCAACGCCUAACACGGGUAGCACCAACUGCGGCCCGACGACCAGUGUGGCGCCCGUUAAAACCGAUGUCAACCGUGUGGAGCACGACAGUGACGAGGACACCAGUGUCGACAUGCAGGUCAUUAAGGGCGAGGUCAUCGCGUCCUUUCAGAUAACCGCCUGGACGCCGCUGAUGCGCUACCAGGAACCGAUGGUCACGCGCAAAACUGUGAUGACCACAUUCGAAUUAAUGUCACCAGAAUCCACUGGCUCUAAUAUGCUGCUUUAAUCACAGCUGUUCAUGCACCCACGUCAUUGUUUACGCUCGCAGAUUAAAUGUCUUUCUCAACGUUGUCAUGAUGGGACGUUAUCGUAUUAUAUGGCUACGCAGAAUAUAAGUACGUAUAUAAAACACUCUAGUUUUCUAUCAGUUAUAUUGGACGUCAUAUGCUGUGCUUCGUCAUGCAAUACCCUUACGUGUCAGUUUUUCCAUAUGUAACUCUACGCUUAUGUUUAUUGUUACGUUCUUUACUCACUAAUCAGAAUUUGUACGAGGCGGCAGCUGUUCAAUGCCUGCAGUGGUGCGCGCUGGGCGGGAUGGUACUGUCUCGUUUGCGUAUCCAAAACCCAUACAUUGUUAUA